UAAGAAACAAGUGACUCGUGUAACCUCGCAAACUUUCAAUCAAUUUACGUUCUCGUAAAUGACAGAAUAAUAAACCUCACCAUCGCAAAUAAUUUUUUUUUUUUUUUCAACGUUACACACCAAACUCGAAAAAUUUCACACGUCCAUAGGUCAACAAAAUGCGACUGAAGAUACCGUCGUUUUAAGUAACGAUUAGUCCGACUGGCAAAAAUCCCAAAAUCGCGAGGAUGGUUGCAAAUCAUGGAUUCCAGAGUAAAGAUGAGCAGAUGUCGGAAAAGUGCGAGGUCGCAUCCAUCCGUAGCGAAAACCCGGCCAGAAUCGAGGACAUCUUCGAGUGGAUCGAUGGGAUUCCCCUGUCUAAGACCACGAAAAAUUUGGCACGAGAUUUUUCCGACGCCGUGCUGAUGUCCGAGAUCCUGAAGUUCUACUACCCGCACCUCGUGAGCCCUCACAACUACAUCCCAGCCAACAGCGUUCAAAACAAGAAGGAGAACUGGAACACGUUGAACCGAAAGGUUUUCGCGAAGAUCAACAUGCAUCUGAGCUCCGAAACCAUAGAUCAACUGGCGCAUUCCCAAGUCGGUGCUAUCGAGAAGGUUCUCACGGAUUUUCGCGACAAGCAGAUGGCCAUCAAUAUCAAGGAUCCUGAUGCUAUGAGAUCUGACCUUAACCUGACUGCGUUAGGACACCACCAAUCUCUGAAAUCCCAAAGGAAGAACGAUCAGCCCGCCAAAACGUCUAUUUUCGCGAGAUCCUACAAAGGAAUCAAACAUUUCUUCGCCGGUCUUUUUAGAAUCUUUCUGGCCAUGAUCUGCUUCUGGAAAUGGUUCUCCAGGAAACCAACCAGUGAGUCGGUGCAAAUCGAACCGAAAACUCUCAAUGAUAUGGAAGAGCAACAGCGUCUAGACGAAGAGGAUCGUCUCCGGGACUCCUACUCCCAAGCCUUGGAAGAACUGCGUGUCAAGGCAGACGUGAUAAAGACCUUAUGCCACAAAGUAGCCUUUCUCGAAGGUACGAUGAAGCUGAAGGACAUGAAGAUCGCGACGUUGACGAGUCAGCUGGAGAUGAUGCCACAGACGACGAACGACGCGAACAUCGUCGUAUCGGCGAGACAACCGACUAAUAAUCCGCUGAAGCUGAGAAAGAGGCCGCGCACGCAAGUUUAAGUGGCGGAACUUGCUGUUGCGCUUAUUGCGUCGGAAAUCGAUUUAACGAUUUUUUAUUUUAUGGAGCUUUGGUAUCGUCGAAAAUUAAAAAGCAAUUUUAAAGCGUUAAUCAUGUUUGUAGGAGGACUUUUUCAGUUUUGUAUCUGACUUAUAUUUUGUAAAAUUGUUGGAUUUUAUAUGCAAUAAAUUUUAAAUGCUGUGCUAUUUUCUAGAAGAUUCUAAA